UGACUUUGUGGAGAGUCGCCUGGUGGAUACGGCAAACUUCGUCGACAAUGAGAAACUCUCCGGCAAGUAAGUUAUAUGAAAGAACCUCCUCCUGAGUUUGAGCCGGCCUGUCAUUGCUACAAACGUUCUUCUUGAUCGUCAGGUCACAAGCAAGUACACGUGGAGAAAGGAAAUAUGAGAAUCACCUUGCUGGUCCCGCUCCUUGUGAGCUUAUUUACAUUCGUUCAAUCACAGUCGUUGCCAUCAUGUGCUGCCAACUGCCUCGAAGAGUUCCUACCUCAGUCUGGCUGCAACGCAACUGAUGCUGCCUGCAUCUGCGCCGAUGUGUCUCUUAUGGGCAAUGUGCAGACCUGCACGUUGGCCAGCUGCACAAUCAAAGAGAGCCUGACUGCGAAAAAUGCCACAGCCACACUUUGCCAACAACCUGUUCGAGAUAACACAGCAAUAACUCCGGUCAUAACUGCAGUAUCGGGACUUCUAGCAAUCGUCUGCGUUUUAAUGCGGCUGGCGGACAAGUACCCACAUUGGGAAAGGCUGCAAUGGGCAGAUCUCUGCGUUGUUAUAUCGCUGCUUCUUGCUAUACCAAUGGCGGUCUUGGAAUUCUACAUGUCAAGCGCCGGGUUUGGCAAAGACAUUUGGACAAUAUCUUUUGACAACAUCACUCGCAUCGUGCAGUUCACAUGGUUGACUGAGAUCUUCUACAUGAUGACCAUCGGAUUCACGAAGAUGGCACUGCUUUUGCUUUACUGGCGAGUAUUCCCUACUCAGCCGUUCCGCAAAUUCGUCCUUGCCAGCGUCGUUGUGUGUGCGGCAUACAUCCCUACGUUCGCCCUUGGUAUAGCGUUGCACUGCCUACCGAUCUCAUACACAUGGACAAGCUGGAUUGGGGAGACGACUGGUCACUGCACCAACUUGAACGCUUUUGCAUGGGCGCACGCCAUCAUCAACAUCGUCUUUGACCUGUGGAUCAUUGUGCUUCCUAUACCACAGCUACUGCAGCUGGCGCUUGGGCGUAAAAAGAAGAUCCAAAUUACACUGAUGUUCAGUGUGGGCUUGUUUAUCACUAUUGUUAGCGUCGUCCGUCUGACAUCGCUUGUUCAAUUUGCCAACUCGACCAACGCCACGUAUGACAACGUCCCCACGGCUUACUGGAGUGUGCUCGAGGCCUUUGUCAGUAUCAUCUGCACCUGUCUCCCAGCAAUUCGAGCCUUGCUUCGAAGGGUUUUCCCAUCUUGCUUUGGUACCACGCGAGAUGCAAGCUCAGACUCGCGAACAUACCGCGUGACGAAGUCGCCCAUGAACAGCGGGAACAUGUCCAAGUCUGGUGGGCACUCCGUGACCGUGGAGGCGCGAAGUGAAGAUUCAGACGCCAUCGAGCUGGUACAGAAAUCUGAUCGUAAGGAUGCCGGUCACGAUGGUUGGUGAUGCCUCUUUAGGGAGGCCAAGAGCAUGCUUUUGGGUACCCCUCUCGCCCUGGCGCUCCAUUUGGGACCGCGCAUGCUGUUGAGUGUACAAUUAGAAAAGUUUUACAGUACAUAGGGUUUGGUGCAGGUUAAUAUCGUCGCCUGGGAUACAAAGGCAUUUGGGGGCAUGAUGAAUUCUGAAUCAGUCCUCAGCCACGUG